AUGAGGUUGUUGCAGAUCCGGCUCGUCAGUCGCAAGUUCCGCGAUUUGGCAUGGAGGGCGUUUGGCAAACUGCUAGGCGAGACUGUUUUCGACGUCGCUUCUCAGGAGAGCAUGAAUACGAUCCAUGCUAUUGCCGGACAACGCAAGCUAUUGCCUUGGAUGCAAAAGCUCACGUUUUCCUGCAACGUUUUCCUUGGUGAAGUGGGUGAUGACCCUAUCUUUAGUGGAAAGGGACGAGAGGAAACAGACUGGUUACGGUUUUCCUUCAAGUGUUGGAUUGCAGAUGUCGACUUUGGAGUUUCUGAGAUGGAGUCUCUCUCUCAGCUACCGAGCUGGAAGGUCAUGAACACAAGUCUGGUCAAUUCUAUGCGAGCAUUCAACAAUGUGGAGAGGAUAACUUACGUUUGGGACGAAGAUCUGCCUCCGCAACAUUACAAAAACCUAUGGCUCCAUAAAACUGGACAGAACACCACACCGGAGUACCCCAGGAAUGAGGCAAUCUGUGCCCACUUUGGGCUCAGUUUCGUUAUUGACGUACUGACUAGUGCGGGUAUUCACCCCCGCUCACUCGAUCUGGCUGUUGAGUUAGACAAUACUUACGACUUCUUCACAUACAUGCCUUCGCAAGUGUUUCCGGAUCUCUGCACCAAAGUUGAGUCACUCACGUUGAGAGACAAGUACUGUCCGGUAGCAAAUCAAGAUAUGAAUGUGGAAGUUCCUUCCAUCGCUGUCACGAAAGCGACAUUUCCACUCUUGAAGUCGCUGACCAUAGAUCAAAAUCACAACGAUCUGAGGACUCCUGCCCCGUUUCCACUGGGGCACGAGGCGCCAAUCUUGACACAUCUCACGGUCUUGAAUAGCGCCGAUGAGGAUCAAUACAUUCAGUCUCUGCUGGAGCACUACGGAAACCAUCUGCAGCGCUUGGACCUGGAGAACAUGGUACCCCAAUGUUACGAUGGCCUCUUCGAUACGAUUGCAGCUUUGAACCUGGAGACACUGCUCAUUCGACAAGGAUCUGAAGAUGAGUGGAUUGGUGCUUCGAAGGGUUUAGGCUGGCCUGAACAUUGGCACACCUGGGAUCCAGACCGGGACUACUACUUGUUGGCGAAAGAUACUGUUCUCGAGCCGCGGUCGUACCGUGCAUGCUGGGAGAGGUUUUGGUGCUGGCACAACAUGGACAUUGUUGUAAAUUCGGCAGAUGACCCUACUCCAUACGAACCCUCGACCGAACGAGCAGCUUCGACGGUGCUUGCGGAAGAAGAAGAAGGCGAUGAGCUACGGGUCGCUUUGGAAGCGGAAAAUCGUGGUAGUGACUAA